AUGAAGAAAGGUAAAAAGGGCAAGUCAAAUAAGAUAAAAACGAACAAGAUUUACAAAAAUCAGGGAGAGGCCGAAGUGGCACCAGCGGAAGACGAAAUGGUGGCAACUGCACCUUUGGAUGAGUAUGAAACAGCCGCAACUGCGCCGGCAGACGAUGCAAUUGUCGAACCUACAUCUAUGACCGACUCUGAUAUCAAGGAAUACUCCCAAUCUGAAUACUGUCCGUACGAGGGCCUGCCGGUAACAGUUAUGAUCGGUCUCACCAAGAAGCGUUAUACUAUCCCCAGGCCUCUUAUCGAUAAAUUCCCGGCUCUAUGA